AUGAUGUACCUCACCAAUCAGUUUGGAGACAUCCGCAGCGACAUGGUCACAGGGAUCCACUGGGAGAAGGCUCGCGACGUCUGCCUCAGCGAUGCCAUUGAAAAGCCCACGCUCUCGGAACUCCGCUCGCUGCCUAGCCUCCCCAACGUCACUGUCGAUGAAGACUACGAGGAAUACCGCGGCCAAUUCUUCUUUGCCAAUCCAGCACGCACCCUACAGAUUGUCUACAAUACAAACAACGGCAUGAUUGUUGGCACGCUCGCAAAUGGCGACGAAGUCUGGGCGCACGUUUUCGUGCCGUUUGGUGACCGGGUUGUCUGCGACCGUGCACAUCGCGCAUUUGUGCUUUUCCAAGCCAAAAACCGCCAAGGCGCUCUUGUUCGUUGCCUAUCAAGUCUGGAGGAGAUAGAGUGGGACGGGUACAUUGCGGGCGAAUGCGAGGGCAUUAUUGCACGCUGGUGCUUUGUGUAUGACGCUCUGGUUGCCGAGCUCAAGGCAGACGUUGAGUGA